GGAAUUUCCACCUCAGAAAUAGUCAGCUUAUGGACACAGAACAGGCAUAUAGAAAGUGUGAAGUGUGAAAGACUUUACAAGUCCAGGCAGUAGCACGGCGCGGUAUCCCCUAGUCGAGCACUUCCAAUAGGAGUUACAGCGUUCUCAGUCAAUUAGAAUACUUGAGUGUCUCAAAUAUAUAAUAAAUGCAAACUAGCCAUGAGCAGAGCUCAGCGAGAGUCUGUGACGGAGAUACCAGAAGUUUCAUCACAUCAGAAGGGCUGGGAAUGGGUUAAUUUGCGCUCACAAUUUGAAUAUCUUCACUUGGAGCCGUGCUACCGCCGCUAUAUCGAACGCCUGGCCGUGGUCAAUGUGUCGCUCUUUUUGUUCAUCGCAGAGCUGUUGAUUGGCAUCCACAUCAUUUUGCAGUUGGCUUACAAUCAAUAUACAGCACUGACAACGUGCCCAUAUAUAUUCGUGAUGGUUCUGCUGCCAUUCAUACUCUGGAUAUGCAUGAUGGACAAAAAUAAAUAUUCUCGCUUUCGUUUUUGGAAUAUCUUGGCCAGCUACGGAGCUGUUCUUCUAGUGACAUUUAUAGAUACCUUCUUCAUUUUGCUAACUGGUGCUGCUGACACUCAUCUAAGAAGUUCCUACGAUCACAUCAUUAUUAUAUCAAUAUAUUUUCUACUACCAAUUUCCGUCUAUGGCAGACCCGUGUUCCUCGGCUUUGGUGUGGCCGUGAUCCAUCUGUUAUAUUAUGUUUACACAAGCUUCAUGACUGCGGAAGAGAUCAGCAUGACCAACCAUGGAUACUAUGCCAUCUAUCUGGUUUCGCUGAAUCUGUUCAUGAAGGGCUUUCGCUUAUUCAUCGAAUUCAAAUUGAGGACAAUGAUAUUGAAUCGUCGCCAGUUGCUGUCCCAGAACUUUAAGCUAAGGUCCACCGUGCUAAAGGAAAAGGACAUCAUGCAACAGCUACUGCCGUUAAAUACAAGCGAUACUCUCAAAGAGGAAAUGUACAAACGCAUCGAUGAGCAGCGUGUGGGCAUGCGUUAUUUUGUCUCAACCCUUCUCUUCAUAGAACUGUAUCCCGAUGUUUCUAUACUGGUUGCCAGAAUAAUGAACUAUGAGCUAAUAACACAGCUCGAUGUGUUAGAGAUCCUCGAAGUUCUUAAUGAGAUUUGUGUGCGCUUGGAUGGAUCAGCAACGUCGCAUAAUGUCCUGCCUAUCAAAUUCGUGGGCAACAUCUUUAGCUGUGUCGCUGGGGUCACACAAAAUACGGUCAGGCAUACCAAUGCCUGUGUCGAUCUUGCGUUCGACAUGAUAAAUCUAAUAGAAGAGAUAAGUAAGUCCAAGAAACUCGAUAUCGGAUUACGUACAGCAGUCCACAAUGGCGAAGCCUUCACUGCCAUUGUGGGCCGCAAAAAGUGUUGCUUUGAUAUCUGGUCAAAAGACGUGGCCAUUGUUCAAUGCAUGGAAUCGUUGGGCAGACAGAACAUGGUGCAUCUGUCGCAGAAAGCCCUGAACUCGCUGCAUAAUGAGUACAUCUACGAGGAUGGGCCGAUAGCGGCCCAAAAAAAUUCCCUCCUGCAGAAGGCCAAGAUCAGCACGUACUUGAUUGGGCCACAGCCCCGAGUAUUAAAAGGCAUUGGCGGCAACUAUUUGCUAAACAUUGGAAAUGAUUCAGCUACGUCUUCGCAGACGAGUUUGAAACGACAAUCGGGACCUUCGGCAAGUUCAAUAGCAGAAUUCAAUUGCUUUGAUGACCUUCCCCAGAAAACAGCUAAAUGCCUGCUCGAGAAGAUGGAAUGCAUGCCCGUCGACAGCAUCCACUUGGCAAGAAUAUUCGAUUUCUCCGAUCGCAUCGAACGUGGCAAUGAGGAUUAUGUAAUUAAGCCGCAUAUUACGCCAUUCUGGAGAAUCUUUCGCCAACGCGACAUUGAAAGCGGCUUUCUAAAUCAGCCAGAUGUAGUCUUUAAAUAUGCUCUCCUAAUGAUGGUAUUCGUCGGUACAGUCUUCUGUGUCAUCACCCUUAUGCCACCAAUAACUGAAAUCGCAUACAAAACGUUUAUAUUGGACAUAAUAUUGAUUGUGAUAUGUCUGUUUGGUUUCUAUAACAAAAUGGCGAUAGAGUUUUGCAAGGUUCCACAAAGUCGUUGCUCCAAUUUCUUUCUGCACCGUUGGCUUUGUCGAGUAUCCAAAAUACUGGAAGAAAAAAUAGUGAUACGCGCUCUAGUCUUCGUAUUGUCCCUCUGGCUGGUCUAUGUGAUGGGCAAUCUAGAAUCGGUCAUACUUCGAAUGGAGCAGAUCGAGCAGAAAGAAAUGGCUAAAGUACCACAUACGCUAUUGACUGAGCCCUGGGACGCUUCAGAGCAUAUCAUUCUUAUAUUUAUGCUGCUGACUUACAUGUCUGUGCCGCUAUUCAUCAAGACGGCCAUGAUCAUUCUGGUCUGCAUCAUGCACAUACUGACCCUGUACGUGUUUUACAGCAGAAAGGCCAGAACAAAGGUAAGGAAUAUGGGCUUGCCGCCAGAAAUUGCAAGCAUUUGGUAUUUGCUGACGGGCAGCAUCUUCUACCUGAUCGUGGAUCACCACAUAAUCUACCUGAAUAGAGUCAGCUAUUACUUCGUGUUCAACGAUCGCAAGAAGCAAGUCCUAACGGACAACAGCAACAGCAACGCCAACCUGAUAAUGUCCAACAUAUUGCCCUCUUACCUGGUAUCAAUGUUUCUAAAUCGUGGUUCGAAGGAACAACUCUAUCAUGAAUACAUUGACAAUGUCGCAGUGCUAUUCGCUUCCAUUGUCAACUUCCCUUUGGAUACGACCAGUUUGCGUGUGCUUAAUGAAUAUAUUUGCUAUUUCGACGAUCUAACCGAGAACUAUACUGAAAACUAUAAGGUUGAAAAGAUUAAGGUCAUUAACUGGACCUAUGUGGCUGCGUGUGGUCUAGGUAAAGGUGACCAUCAAUCCUGCAGAAGCACAGAUAGCGGAAGCAAAUUAAUGGAGGAUCAUUCGACCAUAACACCAAAUAUAUCGAGUGACUCCUCACUGAAAUUGCAGCACUAUGAGCCACGUUUCGUUCACCCGCUUCUCGAACCCGACGAUUAUUGCGUCCUGUAUCUGAUUCACUAUGCUGCCGAUAUGCUGCGCAUAAUGCAGGAUAUAAGCAAAAUAAAUCUGACAAUGAGAUUUCCCAACGCAAUGCCCGGACAGCUGAAAAUUGGCAUUUCGCACGGACCCGUUUACGCCGGUGUUGUCGGCGAAUCGCGCCUGUUUUUCGAUCUCUGGGGUCGAACUGUCAACCUGGCCUCGAUUAUGGUAGACAAGGGUGUGACUGGCAACAUCCAUGUCACUGAAAACACGGCCCAAGCAUUGCGACAAUAUGAUAUCAAAUGCGAUUUUCGCGGUAUCGAGAAUGACAAAUUCGAGGGCAAAUUGUCCACAUACCUCGUCGACCUGGAUGAGAUGCUCAACUUUCAGGGUGUCGAUGACAACUAUAGGCUUCAGUCUUUAAAAGAUGAGCAAUUGGCCAGACUCGAAUCAUUCUAUGUUGAAAACCACAUUGCUAACUAUGAGAGAAAAGAUAAAACACAGUAAUUAGAAAUAUAGAUCAUUAG